CACUGGCAGACAGUGUGAAGACAAACGGAGAGAAGUGAAGUUUCAGCAGGUGAAAACCAUGGCAGCUCCAUUCAGAUCACUUGUGGAAGAUUAUCCAAGAUACCUCAAAUCUUUUGAGCUUUUUCUGGAGCGCUCAUCAGAGCACCAGUGCAUGCAGGACUUCAUUCAUAAUACGCUACCAGACAUACUGGCAAGCAUUGGAGGGGGGAGAUCUGUUUUCAAUGUAAUGGGAGUAGGGAGCGGAGCAGGUGAGAUUGAUCUAGAGAUGCUAGCUCAACUACACCUGAAACAUCCACAUGUCAAAGUCGACAAUGAAGUUGUGGAACCAAGCAAUGACAUGCUGCACAAAUAUAAAGUUCGAGUGUCAACAACUCCAGAUCUUGAUCAUAUAAACUUUACAUGGAAUAAGAUGACGGCAUCUGAAUUUGAAAAACAUUGGCAAGAGAAAAACCCUGGGAAAAAGAUGGACUUCAUUCACAUGAUACAGAUGCUGUACUACGUCAAAGAUCCAGAGGCCACCGUCUCAUUUUUUCGGAGUCUUCUACACAAAGAUGGAAAACUCUUAAUCAUUCUGGUGUCAGGUGAGAGUGGAUGGGGAAAAUUAUGGACAACCUUUAAAGAACAACUCUGCUAUACUGAAAUCAGUCAGUGCAUUACUACAGGAGAUAUAAAGACCUUCCUAAAUACUGAGGGCAUCCCCUACCAGAACUAUGAGCUUCUGUCCCAAAUGGACAUCACAGAGUGCUUCACUGAUGGAGACCAGGUGGGAGAGCUGCUGCUGGAUUUCCUUACCGAGGUCAUAGAGUUCAGUAAGAAUGCUCCUGAAGACCUGAAGAAAGGAGUGCUGGACUUACUGAGACAUCCUGACUGCAGCAAAGAGGUGGAUGGCAGGAUCAUCUUCAACAACAACCUGGGAGUCUUAGUGGUUGAGCCGUAGCUCCAAGACUUCUUUAUAUCUCACCUGCACACCAAUAUACAGUGCUUCUCAACCGUUUUGACUCUGAAGCUCCUCAUUGUCAAUAAUAUUGAAAGGCCCGUGACUUUUAAAGCUAUUCAUGAUUUACUGAAGGUUUAAGAAUAAUGAUUCUUAAAAAUGAUUUUUUUUCCUUGCAAUUUCUGCAUUUUAAAAGCUUUAAAAACUAGACAGAUGUGUAUUAAUUUAUACAUGGAUGCAUGUGAUACAUUUCUAGGUCUAAAAUCACACUUUUAAAAUCAGACUACCUCAUAUAUAUUUUUUCAAGCCCUCUAAAAAAAUGAAACAUUUGCUGAGGUGGUGAAUUAAAGAUUAAGAUUAAUUAAGAAAUAUAUUGAUUUUUAG